ACCCAGCCCAAGUUUUAUAGAACCAAGUCCAGAACAACGUUCGGUUGGUUUCUAUAAAUGAUAAAAAAGCAAACGGCGUCGUCUUCAAGGCGAAUCUGACCUGCUCCUUGUUCUGUUCCCUCCCCAGUCAGUGCUGUUGCAAUUGCACUCCCAGUCCCUACUCCCUCCCCAUUUGUCAGUCGCGCAGCGUGGGGAAGUCUUUUGGAGAGACGAACCCUCUUAAACGAAGCUAUUCAAUGGCUUUAAUGAAAUCAAAGCUACGUUUACCCAACAACUAUAUUUCUCAGGGUGUACUCAAAAUCAAAGCCUAUUCAUUUUCUUCUUCAACCUCCGGAGCACGCCUUCAAGAGGAAGAGGAUGAUGCAGAAAAUCAUUCCAAAACUCCCUCUAUCACUAACUGCUUAACCCCCGAAGAAACCCUUAUCGCCGACAAACUCCACGCCCUAAUCAAAGACCACCACCGCAAAAACCCCAACCCUCACCCUAACCCCACUCCGCCUAACCCUAAUUACACCAUUCCCACUCUAUCCCACGACUUCUCCCACAUCUCCACCGCCCAUUCAGUCACCCCCUCCAUCGUCCGCCGCGUCAUUGAGAAAUGCGGUGGGGUCCGCCACGGCAUCCCAUUCCUCCAAGCCCUGGCGUUCUUCAACUGGGCCACUGCCCGCGAGGAACCGGCCGCCCAUUCCCCCGCCGAGCACUACAACGAGAUGGUCGACCUUGCCGGGAAGGUUCGCCAGUUUGACUUGGCCUGGCACGUGAUUGAUUCCAUGAAAGCUAGGAACGUGGAAAUCACCGUCGAGACAUUCUCUAUCCUUGUUCGCCGGUACGUUCGGGCCGGUCUGGCAGCGGAGGCGGUGCACGCGUUUAAUCGAAUGGAGGAGUAUGGUUGUAGGCCCGAUAAGAUUGCGUUUUCGAUCGUGAUUGGUAUUUUGUGUAAGAAAAGAAGGGCAGAGGAGGCUCAGACAUUCUUUGAUAGCUUGAAGGAUAGGUUUGAGCCCGAUGUUGUUGUGUAUACGAGCUUGGUUCACGGGUGGUGUCGGGCGGGUAAUAUUUCGGAGGCCGAGAGGGUGUUUGGGGAAAUGAAGAUGGCUGAGAUUAAGCCCAAUGUGUACACUUACAGUAUUGUGAUCGACGCGUUGUGUAGGUGCGGGCAAGUUACGCGUGCCUACGAUGUGUUUGCCGAAAUGAUUGAUACGGGAUGUAGCCCGAAUUCCAUAACUUUCAAUAACCUAAUGCGGGUACAUGUGAAGGCCGGGCGGACUGAAAAGGUCUUGCAAGUGUAUAAUCAGAUGAAGAGGCUUGGAUGCCCCGCUGACAUGAUUACGUAUAAUUUUCUUAUAGAGACACAUUGCCGGGAUGAUAAUCUUGAGGAAGCAAUUAAGGUGCUGAAUUUGAUGAUUAAGAAAGAGUGUAGCCCGAACGCCUCAACUUUUAAUUUGAUAUUUAGGUCCAUUGUGAAGUUACGGGAUGUGAAUGGUGCUCAUCGAAUGUAUGCUAAGAUGAAGGAGGCUGAAUGUGGGCCAAACACGGUGACCUACAAUAUAUUGAUGCGGAUGUUUGCGGACUCAAAAUCAACCGAUAUGGUUCUCAAGCUUAAGAAGGAAAUGGAUGAGAAUGAUAUCGAGCCUAAUGUGAAUACUUACCGGGUUUUAAUCUCGAUGUAUUGUGGGAUGGGGCAUUGGAACAAUGCCUACAAGUUUUUCAGGGAGAUGAUUGAAGAGAAGUGUUUAAAACCCAGCACACAUGAUUAUGAGUUGGUUCUUCAGCAACUAAGGAAUGCAGGGCAGUUAAAGAAGCACGAGGAGUUAGUGGAGAAGAUGGUGGAUAGGGGAUUUGCUUCUCGCCCUUUGUAGAAGUAGGCAGCUCAAUGCUUGGGAGCCGUGUGCGGAUGUGGGCUAGUGAAGGCAUUCCAGAUAGCUUACUACAGCAAGUACGGUGGUGGAGCAAACGAGCUUGCUGAUGGGUACAGCAAGGGCACUGGAUUGGCACUGCGGGGCGGGGGGGAAUGGGGGCUUCGGGAAUGAGAAAUCGCAGCAAAGGGGAGAGGGACCCAGAGGGGUUGGGGAUGGAAAAAUUUUUGCAUCUGCCUACACCGGCAAACCGGUGUAGGCAGAUGCAUAGCAAACCCCGGUUGGGGAUAGGUGUAACCCGGUCUUCCACAUGGGGUGUGGGGUGUGCGCCCAACAACCGGCUGGUACCAAGAUUUUCUUUUGAUACAUAAGUUUCUAACACCACAUCAGCUAGCAAAGUAUUUGUAUUUGAACUUUUGUAUUAUUGAUAUAAUAGAUAUUACAGCUAGUAGUUUGUAUAAACAUGGGCUUGACUGUCUCAACUUGAUCGUCAGAUUUCAAAAUCAUUGUUUCAACUUGGUUACUGCUUUCCAGAUGAAAAAGUUCAUGUCGUCGUGAAAUUUC